AUGCUGCAGCUGGGGGAUGAGGUGACCCUGUACUCGGUGGUCUUCGUGGUGGUCCUGCUCGGCACCAGGAGCGCAGUGUGGACCACCGCGCUCACCGUGUCCCUGUACGUCUUUGUGGCCGUGUUCCGCUUCCCACAGGCGCCUGCGGACCGAGCCAAGCACAUCCUGCACCCGGCCAGAGGCGGUCAUGGCUCGGGUAAAGUGUCUGCCAUCGCGCAUCGGGGCGGUGCGCACGACGCUCCCGAGAACACACUGGCAGCGAUCAGAGAGGCAAGUCAGAAUGGAGCGACAGGAGUGGAGUUGGACUUGGAGUUUUCGGCUGAUGGUGUCCCGAUUCUAAUGCACGACGACACUGUGGACCGGACCACUAAUGGGUCAGGACCACUCUCAAAGAUCCGCUUCGCUGACCUGAGGAAGCUGGAUGCUGCUGCUAAACACAGACUCAGGAGCAAGUAUUCUGGAGAGAAGAUCCCAACACUUGAGGAAGCUGUAGAAGAGUGCAUAAGACUUCAGCUGACUAUUUACUUUGAUGUGAAAAGCCAUCCUGAUGAGGCCGCAGCUGCGUUAAAAGCUUUGUACAAGAAGAACCCAGUCCUUUACAACAGCAGCAUUGUCUGCUCCUUUGAACCCAAAGUGAUCUACAGGAUGAGGCAGAGUGAUCCUGGCGUGGUCACAGCGCUCACACACCGGCCCUGGAGCCUCAGUCACUUGGGAGACGGGGUCCCCAGGUUCUCGUCUCCAUGGAAACUGGGAUGGAUGACCCUGCUGGACGUGGUGCUGGACUGGGCCCUGCAUCACGUGCUGUGGAGGUUUUGUGGCGUCUCGGCUUUCCUCAUUCAGAAGAACUUUGUUUCUCAAGAUUACGUGCAGUACUGGGCCAACAGAGGCGUGGAGGUGGUGGCCUGGACAAUCAACACCAAAAUGGAAAAGGAGUUUUACCAAGAGAUUAUGCACGUCAGCUACAUCACUGACAGUCUGCUGGAGGACUGCGAGCCACACUACUGA